AUCUGCUGCUGGUGCCAGUCUACAUGUAUCCCGUAUAGUCGAUAAUGACAUGUCUACCUGUACCCGCUUAUCAGCUCCAGCUAGCUUUACAUUAUCAGAAUGUUAUCGACAUUCAAAUCACCGUAUAUGUGACUUCAGACGAAACUCGUUAGAUAGUAUUAUUACGUAAGACACAUUAAAACUGGUUACCAGUACGUCUGUUAACGAGACCAUUAUACUCCGGUAGGGGAGUAGAUGUGUAGUUCGUGGACACGGAAGGCCUACCAGGAUCUGGCAGCGCCAUUAGUGCGUCAUUGUAUUGUCACCACGGUACCUUUAGCCUUGUUGGACUCAUACGGUUAAUCCAGUGCUUACUGACAUGGAACCAUCGCAAGGUAUUAGCUACUGGAGAUAACCAAAUAUUAAGUUAUUAACAAUACACGGAGCGCGUUAUCAAACGCGGAGAAGCAGGGUCGCGGAACACGCUAAUGUGCUUGCUCACCUGUGACAUUGACAUGGACAAACACGAAACAUGCGCGAGGUAUUCUGGGUCUGACUGGAGUCGGGAACUAGCUAUGGUAGUGUUUCUUGCCGUUCGAGGAUUAACAUAAAGUUGUGUCUGGAAAUUGUUAGUGGGAAUUGUUGGUGUUUGAUGGCACGUAGUAUGUGUCUAUGAUACGGUGAUUAGAUUUGCAAUUGACACUGGGAUAUAGAAAUGCGGAAGAUACUGAAAAAGUGGACUUAGAAUGUGGAUGUACAAAUCAGAUCUCAAUUAUAUUAUCCGGAUUUUAUUCUUUUUGGGCCUUGUGUGUUCCUUUGUACCUGCGACGUUUGGGUCGACUGGAUGUGGGGGGUAUUUGACGAUUUCCGCCGGCAUCACCCGGUCAUUCGGGGUGCCCCCCGGGUACCCUGCUUACUCCCACUGUAUAUGGAUCAUUGUGGCCGAACCGGAUCUCCACGCCAGACUCUCCAUCCUGUCGUUUUCAGGGCAGACAUACGGUGGAGACUGUGUGGACACACUCACGGUGAGGGAUGGGGACAUCGAUCAGGCUGAUCUCCUCGAAACUACUUGUGGUACCGUCAGUAACACCGUUGUCACUUCAUCCGGUAGAUGGCUCUGGGUACAGUUUAAAAGCGAUGGGUCCGACUCGACAUCCUCGGUUUCUCUGUCACUCACGACAGUCACUGCAGGUCAUUCGAUGGAAAAUCUCACAAAUCCUCUUGCAGCGUGUAAAUCGUUCGAGUUUCAAUGCUCUAACCUUGUGUGUUUACCUCGAUCCUACAUUUGUGAUGGGUUUAAUGACUGUGGCUGCAUGGAAAACUGUGACGAAUCGGAUUGUAUCGGUCUGGGUUUUGCACCUCUCACACAGCUCGGCUUCUCGGCUGGGAUCGGGGUGGGAAUGUUUAUCUUCAUCUUCAUCUUUGUGUGGUUGUGGGAGAAACGUCGGCGGCGAAUGGCCAAACAGAAAGAGCGAGAGGACCGUAUGAAGGAGGAAGGGAGAGGGCGACCCUCAAAGAACAAAAAGGACGACAAAAAGGAUAAAAAGGCUAAGGUGGCAUGGCAUAAAUAAUGUCGCUAUUACGUUAUCCUUAGCAAGUUCUCAGGGUCAUGAAGUGUGUACAGUUAAACCGUCCAUUACAUUUUCAGCUCGUCAUUUGUUUCUAUGACAUUCAAAUGCAUUCAACGAAAUCCAUUUUGUUUGUGUCAGUGGCUCUAACUCACGUGCCACGCUUAAGGUAGACUGAACAGUAGAUCCAUGGUCUGGUUUUAAAUAACUAGGACAGACUCUCUGUAGGAAGUUCGUCAAUCUGCUUGCGUUAAGUUGUUAUGUACAUGUUAAGCCAAAACAAAACAUGCAAAGAUUUGCUAUAUCGGACGGUUUUGUAAACAACCUGCAUAAUGAGUCACCUUUUAAGAAAUCACAAACGAUUAACUGUAGCAUGAACACGGUCGUCACUGUUAACACGGUCUAUUGGAGCAGUAUAUGAUAGCUAUGUAUCCUAAUUUAGUUAAUGUUAACACGGUCUACUAGAGUAGUAUAUGAUAGCUAUGUAUCCUGAUUUAGUUAAUGUUAACACGGUGUACUGGAGUAGUAUAUGAUAGCUGUGUAUCCUGAUUUAGUUAAUGUUAACACGGUGUACUGGAGCAGUAUAUGAUAGCUACGUAUCCAGAUUUAGUUAAUGUUAACACGGUCUACUGGAGCAGUAUAUAAUAACUAUGUAUCCUGAUUUAGUUAAUGUUAACACGGUGUACUGGAGCAGUAGAUGAUAGCUAUGUAUCCUGAUUUAGUUAAUGUUAACACGGUGUACUGGAGCAGUAUAUGAUAGCUGUGUAUCCUGAUUUAGUUAAUGUUAACACGGUCUACUGGAGCAGUAUAUAAUAACUAUGUAUCCUGAUUUAGUUAAUGUUAACAUGGUGUACUGGAGCAGUAUAUGAUAGCUAUGUAUCCUGAUUUAGUUAAUGUUAACACGGUCUACUAUAGCUAUGUAUCCUGAUUUAGGUAAUAUCAACACGGUCUACUAUAGCUAUGUAUCCUGAUUUAGUUUAAAAGUGUGUCUGGUGUCAGGUCUGAGUUGAUAGUACUAGUACUAUUACUGUGGGAUACUAGUGGAUUAGAAGGGCGGGGGUGGGGUGGGGAGAUGUUCAUUGUAAACCUGUUUCCUAAGUAUUGUAAUGUGAAUCUUGUAAUGGUAAACGUUAUAUUUGUUAUGUGAAUCCUGUAGUGAUAAACAUUAUAUUUGUUAUGUGAAUCCUGUAAUGAUAAACA